AAAAACACCAGAUGACAAGGCCCUUGAUAAUGGCUGAGAUGGAUGCACGACCAUGAACUCUGUUUUGUUUACACUUUGACUCGAUGCAGAUAUCCCGUCUCAUCUUUGCAAGCAACCUGACCUGCCUCGCGCCCUCACUAGCACCCUCUUGCCCGAGACCCGGCCUUGAAACUCACGUCAAAAUGAGCGAGAACACGGCCCGCAACAAGGAGUUUUGGAGCGAGAGGUCCGCCUCGUAUGACUCCGGCUUCGAAAAGACCAUCGCCAUGUUCAUGGCCGCCCUGGUCGAGCGCCGCUCCUUCAUCAGCCCUGAACUGGCGGCCGCCGGCCCCGUGAGGCCAGUGAGGCUGCUGGACUACGCGUGCGGGCCGGGGACCGUCUCCAGGGCCCUCUAUCCCUACGUCACGCAGUGCCGCGGCAUCGACCUCGCGCCGGGCAUGGUGGAAAAGUACAAGGAGCGGGCCAAGCUCGAGGGCCUCAAGCCCGAGCAGAUGGACGCCGUCGAGGGCGACCUGCACGCCCCGUCCUCGGCCCUGGACCGCCCGGACCUGCGCGGCUUCGACGUGGCCGCCGUCGGCUUCGGCGCCCACCACUUCGACGACCCGACGGCCGUGGCCGCCCGCCUCGUCGAGCGCCUGCGGCCCGGCGGCGCGCUCUUCAUCGCCGACCUGCUGCCGUACGAGCGGCCCGCGGGCGGGUGGGGGGACGCAUCUUCUGAUCAUCAUCACCAUCACCAUCACGGUCAAGGACAUCAUCAGAAGCAUGGAGACGGCGGCGGCGGCGACGAGCAAGCGGCGCACGAGGGGGACACGGAGCGCCGCGCCGCCCGGACCGUCGCGCGCAACGGCUUCGACGAGGCCGAGGUGCGGCGCAUGUUCGAGGCCGCCGGGGCCGGCGAGGACUUCAGGUUUGAGAUCAUGGAGAGCAUCGAGAUGCCGCAGCGGGACAAGGUCCUCCGCACCGUCUUCUUCGCCCGCGGCACCAAGCCGGCCGCUGCGGCGAACUGACCGCCAGGAUCUGGGCGCGCGGCUGGGGCGGCUGCUCGGCCGGCUCUGUGACUUGCUAGCUAUGAGGUAGGGGAUAUAGGCAGACGGGGAGGCAUGAGGGCUGGGUGGUGUGCAGGCAGACAAGAAUGACAGGCAAUACAUACAGACAAGGGCAGAAAUGCAGACAGGGGCUAGCAGGCAGGCAGGUGAGGAUAGAACAGGCCACACGAAGGCAGGCAGACUAGGAGAGCCAGGCAGAAGAGGAGACGCAGCCAAGCAAACGAGAGUAUAGACAGGCAGACGAGAACAGACUGGCAGACGAGAACAGACAGGCAGACGAGGACAAACAGGCAUCCAGUCAAGGCAAAGCCCCGUCUCACACCGCCCGUAGCCCCUAAUUCCAUUACGAACAAGUAGACAGCAGCAGGAGUCGCGCCAGCCAUCCACUGCAUGCCGUUACUCACCCCUCAUUCUCAGUUGGUGACGGC